AUGAAUCAUCUCAAAGAGCCUCGUCUCGAGGCUAUCAAAGGGCAAGCACAGAGCGGCUUUCUAAGGCUCCCAAAUGAAAUCUUAGCCCAAAUAUUCAAAGAGUGCUUGACUCCGCCGCCGAUUCUGUUCUGGGACGAUCAUACCCCUGCUUAUGCAACUGGCCGCCACCGCAAGUUUGUCCUCCAAGUGCUACCGAUUGUCCUAACUUGCAGACGUUUUCGGGACCAUGCCACUGCACUGCUCUACCGAUUUUGUUCCCUCCAAUAUCAGGUACAUGAGCAUCGUGAUAUCUACAGGUGGGCUCCAUAUUGUCCUGGGGUUUCAAUUCCUGGAAAGUAUGCUCUCUACGAGGCAUACGGUACGGUGGUUAAAAGUUUCUGCUUCAAUGGAGACCCAUUCGCCGACACUAUGACGGCUGGAGAUACCUCCCAAGAAAUACCCAUGACGAUACCUCAGUUCCUAAGUCCACUAUUUGCUAGCUUCAGCAAUCUAAAAGAAGCGAGAUUCUACUCAGAAAAAUAUCUAAAAUCUACUACCCAAGUACAAACUUACACUGACGGAAUUCACAACCUCCUGACUACAUGCCUCUCCCUGAAAAAGCUGUCUGUUUGGUUAGGCGCAGACCCAGUUGUUUGCAGCAAUCUGAAGCACACGCGAAGGGAGAAACUUCAAGAAGAGCUUGAUGCCUCGUCUUCUCACCCUCCCGCUUCUCCUCACGCUAACCUUACCGAACUACAUCUCGGUUGUAAUGAUGCCUGGGAAUCGGAACAGAGCCAAAUAGAGGAGAGGGAAGCAGCAUUUUCCGUACUUGAGUUAUUCUGUGACAUCAUAUGGCCGUCUGCAAGGACUGUUACAACCUUAAAAUUUGGAUACGCAGCCGUAGCGAUGUUUGCGUACUCAAGGGGGAUUUUGACAAACGUUGACGCUAUGCCUUUGACGGAGUAUGACCUGCCAAUGCUUGAACAUGUGUCGAUCCUCACGCUCGAUAAAGCAGUUUUGGCGGCUUUUGAUGCAUUCUUUAAUUUUGACGGACCUCAGAUUAAGAGCGUGGAAGUCAGAGAUAUAUAUAUAUACGCUACAUGGAGUUUUGAGAAUAAUGAGCAAGUUAUAUAUGAUUAUGCUUGGGUAAGACUUCAUAAGAACUUUUCCCUGAUCGAGCUCAGAAUCUAA